AUGGAACAACAGGGAUCGAAAAUUUUAGAGCAUCAGAAACAACGACUAAGCAAUAUCAGAGAAGAAGGCUACACAGUUAAAAAAACACGAGCCGACGAUCAGCUUGAAAGAGCUGGUAAUAGCAACGAAAAUUGCGAAAAAGCUGUUACGACAAAUCAGCGACAUCUUCACAUAGCCAAGGAAGUCAGCGACAAAACAAGUAAACGAGAUACCUGUGGUCUACCUGUCGAGCAUGACCGGAAUAUUGCUAAAGAAGUAAGUAACAGGGCAAGAGAAGGACAACUCAUCAACUAUUACGAACAACAUCUCAGCAAUGAUGAAGAGGUGAGUGACAGGGCAGGAAAAGGACAUGCCUAUGGCAAUCUCGCCAAUGCUUAUCAAGGCCUCAGCGAUUUUAAACCAGCCAUAAAGGCAGGAGAAGGAGGUGCCUAUGGCAAUCUUGGCAAUGCUUGUCAAGGACUCGGCGAUUUUAAACAAGCCAUAAAGUACCACGAGAAGCGUCUCAGCAUUGCUAAAGAAGUGGGUGACAGGGCAGGAGAAGGCCGUGCCUAUGCCAAUCUCGGCAAUGCUUAUAACAGUCUCGGCGAUUUUAGACAAGCCAUAAAGUACCACGAGCAACAUCUCAGCAUUGCUAAAGAAGUGGGUGACAGGGCAGCAGAAGGAGGUGCCUAUGCCAAUCUCGGCAAUGCUUGUCAAGGACUCGGCGAUUUUAAACAAGCCAUAAAGUACCACGAGCAAGAUCUCAGCAUUGCUAAAGAAGUGGGUGACAGGGCAGCAGAAGGAGGUGCCUAUGGCAAUCUUGGCAAUUGUUAUCACAGUCUUUCGAAUUUCAGAAGAGCCAUGGAAUUCCAAGAGAAAUAUUUAAGCAUUUCCAAAGAAUUGGGAGACAGGAGCAGAGAAAGAGCAGCCUAUUUACUCCGCGCUGGCAUUCAUUGCAGCCUCGGUGACUCGAGGAGAAGCAUAGAGAACUGUCUAGAGAGUCUAAGGAUUGCGGAAGAGAUAGGAGACAAGAGUGGCAAAGGAAGAGCGUAUUGUUGUCUAGGAAGAGCCCAUCUGCGACUGCGUGAUUUUAAACUAGCCAAGAAAUACCUCAAGCUACACCUUAAUGUUGCUAAACAAAUCGGCGAUAUGUGUGGUGAAGGAUGUGCAUAUCUUCAUCUAGGUUGGAGCUGUGAAUAUUCAGGCUGUUUGCUGGAGGCUCUGGAUUGUUAUCAAUGCAGUGUAAACGUUUUCAAUGGCAUAAGACUGCUUCUUGAGUUUGAAGAUACCUGGAAAGUGAGCUUUCGUGAUAAGAAUCAAGGGGUGUACACCAGUCUGUUCAGACUUCUGUUGAAGCUUUCCAAGACUGACGAGGCUUUGAGUGCUGCUGAACAGGGACGAGCUCAAGCUUUAAUGGAUCUCAUGGCAUCAAAUUAUGACCUUGAAUUACCUCUCCCUUCGUCUCUUGAACAUAAAGAAAUGAUGUCAGACAUAGCAAGCGAUACAUGUUCUCAAAUAGUUUUCGUAGCACUUGAGGGUAAAAAGAUCAACUUAUGGGUACUCAGCAAAGGAAAAGAUGCUCAGUUUAGACAAAACGACGUACCGCACAGAGAUGCGUUUAGCUUUCUGACGAGAUUAACCAAAGCUGCUUUCAAAGAAAACAAGUGUGGUCGUUCUUUGGAACUGCAAAGAGGUGAUGAUCUACAGCCUAUCAAAGCCUCUUGCCAAACAGAGCAGUCAUGCUGCCAGAACAAUUCCUUGCAAGUUUUGUAUCGUAGCAUUUUCAGCCCCAUCGCGAAGUUUCUAAAGGGUGAUGAAAUAAUCAUUGUCCCGGAUGGUCCACUAGGCCUUGCUCCUUUUGCUACGUUUGUGGAUGAAACUUCAAGAUACCUCAGUGAAUCUUUCAGGAUCCGCAUGAUUCCGUCGCUGACAAGUUUGAAGCUGCUUGCUGAUUGCCCUGAUGACUACCACAGUGGGACUGGGGCACUUCUCGUGGGAGAUCCAUGUCUGGAGGAAAUCACAAACAUCUUUGGUCAACCCAAAAUAUCGCAGUUGCCAUAUGCCAAAAAGGAAGUAAAGAUGAUCGGCGAGAUUCUUAACACCACUCCGCUCACGGGAAAAGAAGCAACUAAGGAUGAGGUGCUGAAACGGAUUGGUUCGGUUGCUUUGGUACACAUUGCUGCACAUGGAAAAGUGGGAAGUGGUGAAAUUUUCUUAGCCCCUAACACGGAACGGAGGGAGUGUACACCAGUCUGGUCAGAGUUCUGUUGA